GGGCGUGGACGCCGGGCAAGCUGCGGGACUGAGGAGGAGCCCCCCGGCCGCGGCCGCUGGGGGAACCCGCCUUGGUCCCCCUGCUCCCUUUAGGUAAUGGAGCCUGCGGACGUUGGAGCUUCAGGAUGGUUCAUGCUAAGAGCUGGACCCUGAAGAAACAUACUAAUAGUGACUUUGAAUUGAAGACAGUCGUACUCCCACCCUUAAAAAAUAGAGAGGUCCUGCUGGAAGCUUUGUUCUUCACUGUGGAACCUUAUAUGAGAAAUUUGGCUGUUAAAAGAAGAGAGAGAGGGGCUUCCCUGGUGGCGCAGGUUGUGGAAAGUAAGAACUCAGCCUUCCCAGCAGGAACAACUGUAGUGGCUCUCGGCUGGACGGCGCACUCCAUUUCUGAUGGGAAAAACCUGGAAAAGCUGCUUGCAGAGUGGCCGGACACGUUACCACUGUCUUUGGCUCUGGGAAUGGUUGGCAUGCCCAGCCUAACAGCCUACUCUGGCCUGCUUGACAUCUCUGGUGUGCAGGGUGGAGAAACAGUGCUGGUGAACGUGGCCGCAGGAGCAGUGGGCUCCGUUGUGGGGCAGAUCGCUAAGCUCAAGGGCUGCAAAGUUGUUGGAGCAGCAGGGUCUGACAAAAGGGUUGCCUGCCUUGAAAAGUAUGGAUUUGAUGUUGCCUUUAACUACAAAACAGUAAAGUCUUUGGAAGAAACUUUGCAAAAAGCCUUUCCUGAGGGUUAUGAUUGUGAUUUUGAUAAUGUAGGUGUAGAGUUUUCCAACGUUGUUAUCCCCCAGAUUAAGAAAUUUGGAAGACUUGCUGUUGCUAUACGUGGGCCCAUCUCUACAUAUAACAGAACCAGCCUCCUUCCCCCAGGUAAUGAGCCCACCCCGGAGGCCGUCAUCUUUAAGGAGCUUCACUUCGAAGGCCUCCCCGUCUACUGCUGGCAAGGAGAAGUCCGCCAGGCUCUGAAAGGCUUGCUGACAGGGGUCUCAGAGGGUAAAAUCCAGUACCAUGAACACAUCACUGAAGGAUUUGAAAGCAUACCAGCUGCAUUUAUGGGAAAGCUGAGAGAAUUGGGGGAAGCAAUAGUGAAAGCAUGAACAAAACUGACACAUGCAAUCUCGAAAUCAUUUGGAUGAUUACUUAGUUUCUUUAUAAUCAUUUAGUAAAAGGACAGACUGAUGACACCCAAGCGCAAUACAUGCUGGACCAGAAACCAGAAGUCAAGAGCAUG